UACCUUGGAGACACUCAGUACUUACAGCCCCCUCUCCCCUGUUGAUGUGGCAUGUCUUCCAUUGUAUAGAUGAACGACAGCUGGUUUAAGCAUUUGCCUCUUGAUGGUCAGUUGAAUUAUUUCUAAGUUCCAAUGAUUCUUCAAUGAUUCUCAAGCAUAACUCUUUGCAUACUGAAGUGUUUCUAUAGGAUAAGUCCUAAAAGGUUGGAAGGCUGGAUCCAGAAGAUAUGAACAUUUUCAGUGUUCCUUCCACCAACACGCUUGUGCCGAUCUACGUUCCUCCAUCCUCAGCUGACACUGCUUUAAUCAUGCAAUGCAGGUUCAGUCACCACAGCAAAGUGUUAACACCAUUCUCUAAAUAAUUUCAGGCCCAGGAAAUCUUCAGGGGAUGGAGUUUUCUGUGUAUCAAAACCACCGGUAGGGGCACAAUAACACUUUGCAAGUAUGCUCACCGGCAGCCAAAGUCCAGCUACAAGUACUCGUCCUGGAGAGAAAUCCUGAGCUCCUGCAGGUGUAUUCAAAAGAGCUCUGACUAGGCUCUCAGCUCUGAGACUCCAUCCUGAGUGUUAGGGUAUGCCUUCUCAUGGGGUUAGAGGUGUCCCCAGGAUAAUGACCACGGUUCCCACACCAGACUCAGGACAUCGGGUCUGACGGCCCCUUAAAGUAUCAGGUUCAUCCUGAUAAAACCCAGGAUGAAUGAUUGCUGUAGCUCUACAUCACUGUACAUCAUAAUCAGUUAACACUAUAAAGAGCUUAUUGUGCUCUUCUGUACACUUGACAUAUAUUAAUCCACUAAAUCCUCACACUGGGCCCAUGAGGUAGGUAUUAUUAUUUUUAUUAAUUUAUUUAUUAAUUUAUUUAUUUUUGGCUGCGUUGAGUCUUCGUUGCUGCACGCUUUCUCUAGUUGCGUUGAGCGAGGGCUACUCUUUGUGGCAGUGCGCGGGCUUCUCAUUGUGGUGGCUUCUCGUUGCAGAGCACGGGGUCUAGAGCGCAGGCUCAGUAGUUGUGGUGCAUGGGCUUACUUGCUCCGAGGCAUUGUAGGAUCUUCCCGGACCAGGGCUCAAACGCAUGUUCCCUGCACUGGCAGGCGGAUUCUUAACCACUGCGCCACCAGGGGAGUCCCGAGAUGCCGGUGCAGCUGACAACAGCCCUUCGUGUGGUGGGCACCAGCCUGUUUGCCCUGGCAGUGCUGGGUGGCAUCCUGGCAGCUUAUGUGACAGGCUACCAGUUCAUCCACACAGAAAAACACUACCUGUCCUUCGGGCUGUACGGUGCCAUCCUGGGUCUGCACCUGCUCAUCCAGAGCCUGUUUGCCUUCCUGGAGCACCGGCGCAUGCGGCGGGCAGGCCGGCCACUGAAGCUGCCCUCCCCGCUGCGGCGCUCUGUGGCGCUCUGCAUCGCUGCAUACCAGGAGGACCCCGACUACUUGCGCAAGUGCCUGCGCUCAGCCCAGCGCAUCGCCUUCCCCGACCUCAAGGUGGUCAUGGUGGUGGAUGGCAAUCGCCAGGAGGAUGCCUACAUGCUGGACAUCUUCCAUGAGGUGCUAGGUGGCACCGAGCAAGCCGGCUUCUUUGUGUGGCGCAGCAACUUCCAUGAGGCGGGUGAGGGUGAGACGGAGGCCAGCCUUCAGGAGGGCAUGGACCGCGUGCGCAACGUGGUGCAGGCCAGCACCUUCUCAUGCAUCAUGCAGAAGUGGGGAGGCAAGCGAGAGGUCAUGUACACGGCCUUCAAGGCUCUUGGUGAUUCAGUGGACUACAUCCAGGUGUGUGACUCUGACACUGUGCUGGAUCCAGCCUGCACAAUUGAAAUGCUUCGAGUCCUGGAGGAGGACCCCCAAGUAGGAGGAGUCGGGGGAGAUGUCCAAAUCCUCAACAAAUACGAUUCAUGGAUCUCCUUCCUGAGCAGUGUGCGGUACUGGAUGGCCUUCAAUGUGGAGCGGGCUUGCCAGUCCUACUUUGGCUGUGUGCAGUGCAUUAGCGGGCCCUUGGGCAUGUACCGUAACAGCCUCCUUCAGCAAUUCUUGGAGGACUGGUACCAUCAGAAGUUCCUAGGCAGCAAGUGCAGCUUUGGGGAUGACCGGCACCUCACCAACCGAGUCCUGAGUCUCGGCUACAGGACUAAGUAUACAGCUCGCUCUAAAUGCCUCACAGAGACCCCCACCAAGUACCUCCGGUGGCUUAACCAGCAGACCCGCUGGAGCAAGUCUUACUUCCGCGAGUGGCUCUACAACUCUCUGUGGUUCCACAAGCACCACCUCUGGAUGACCUACGAAUCAGUGGUCACGGGUUUCUUCCCCUUCUUCCUUAUCGCCACAGUCAUACAGCUUUUCUACCGUGGCCGCAUCUGGAACAUUCUUCUCUUCCUGCUGACAGUGCAGCUGGUGGGCAUUAUCAAGGCUACAUACGCCUGCUUCCUUCGGGGCAAUGCAGAGAUGAUCUUCAUGUCACUAUACUCCCUUCUCUAUAUGUCCAGCCUCCUGCCAGCCAAGAUCUUUGCCAUUGCUACCAUCAACAAGUCUGGCUGGGGCACCUCUGGCCGAAAAACCAUUGUGGUGAACUUCAUUGGCCUCAUCCCUGUGUCCAUCUGGGUGGCAGUCCUCCUUGGGGGGCUGGCCUACACAGCUUACUGCCAGGAUCUGUUCAGUGAGACGGAGCUAGCCUUCCUUGUCUCUGGGGCCAUCCUGUACGGCUGCUACUGGGUGGCCCUCCUCAUGUUGUAUCUGGCCAUCAUUGCCCGGCGAUGCGGGAAGAAGCCAGAGCAGUAUAGCUUAGCUUUUGCUGAGGUGUGACGUAGCCCUCAAGCAGAGCGGGAAAAGUGCAAUGGGUA